CCCAGAGUCGGUCACGACUGGACUUAACAUCAGGGGAAACCUUUAUCUUUACUUAAACUGGAUUAUAUGGCAGCGUAGAGUCAGAGAACCCGGUUCAAGGCAGAUAAUGUGGAUUUGUCUGCGUUCAUAAUCUGGGGUCCCUUCCACACAGCUGAAUAACAUCCACAUUGAACUGGAUUAUAUUAUUGAUUUGGUUUACGGUUGAUUAAGACAUCUAGAAAAAGAAAAUGAAGGAAAACUGCCAUUUCUAGAUGUCCUAGUCAUCCGUAAACCCAAUCAACAAUUGGGCCACACAGUCUACAGAAAACCUACACACACGGAUAGAUACCUACAUAAAACUCCAACCAUCAGCCAGAUCAAAAACGAAGCACAAUUACAGCUCUGGUGGCCGUGCAAUAGGAAUCUGUGAAGCCCACCUCCUCCAAGGGAAACGGAACCACCUAAACUGGGCUCUACAGGCCAAUGGAGACUCUACCACAGACAUCAGAAGAGCUGCAAGGCCAAGAAUAAGCCACAAGAGUCAAGAUAAAGAUCCACCCAGAGGGAAGCUGAUGAAGAAGCACAACCUACAAACUAUCUACAGACCCGCUAAGAAAAUCCAACCAAUGCUAUGUUCUGCAAAGGACAAGAGGGAUCCUCUCACCUCUGCAGGAGUCUCCAGCAGUGGUUCUCAACCUGUAAACUGGCUGGGAUUUCUGGGAGUUGUAGGCCAAAACACCCAGGGACCCACAGGUUUAGAACCAUGGGUCUACCGUAUAUCAUCCAGCUGUGGACAAGUCUACAUAGGGACCACCAAAUGCAGCAGCAUUGCCCAGUCACGAAUCAAGAAACAUGAAAGAUGCUGCAGAUUAACUCAACCAGAUAAGUCAGUCAUAGUAGAGCACUUGAUGAACCAACCUGGACACAGCAUAUUAUUUAAACAACUCAGACAACCAUGUCGGACUGCACAGAGAUGCCAUUGAAUUCCACAAGCACAUGGACAAUUUCAACAGAAACCAUGAAAAUGACCAAAUCUGGACCGUCUGCUUUGAUAAUCUGGAUUAUAUACCAGUGUAAGAGAGAAAAAUAUAAAAAGACACAUCAACGGGUCCUGGAGCAAAUCAAGCCUGGACUCUCCUUAGAAGCCAAGAUGACUAAACCGAGGCUUUGGCUACAUCAUGAGAAGGAAUUCCAGGAAUGUCUUAAUGAUCAGUGUCGAUGACAACCUGUGAAGGAGAAAGGACGGCCUUGGCUCCAGUGGGCAUGAACUGGAUCUUCUCCAGGGAGACGCAGGAAGGAGGGGAAAGGAGAUCUUCUCCAGCAUAUUUUCAGUGCCUCCCUAGGAAGAAAGGAAUGUGCGGAGGGUGGUGCUUUUCUGUAGUUAGCAAUGCCCAUGCGUCAUGGAGUGCUGUGUGUCUUUGACUUCUUUCAGGCUCAACAGCGGAACAUGAGGCUCAAAAUGACCCCAAGGUGUUCCUGAAUCCCACCUUCAUGGCAGCCUUUCUAUUUAAUGGCUCCGACAAAUGGAAUUGGCAGAAAAAGCUGCUUUCAGAGAAGAAAGAAGGAGAAAGAGAAAGAGGAGGAGAACAACCAUGGCACCGCCCCCGUCUCCGCUGCCUCCCUUCUGCCUUUAUUUGAGGCAGAGCAUUACAAAGAGAGCCUUUGAGGAGAGAAGCAGAGAGAAGAAGCAUCAUUUGCCCCCUUGGCUGAGAGGAGAGGAGAAAGCAAGCAAGCAAGCAAGCAGGUGCUUGAUUGCUAGAAGACAUUCAUUCGGUGAACAGAAACGAAGACAUUCAGAUGAGGAUGGGGCAGCAAUUCUUCCUGUUUCUGCUUUUGGGAGCCAUUGCCACACUUCAGUGUAAGGAGCUUUCCAUUCGCAGUAAACGAGGGACACGGGGAGCCUCAUCAUCAAGAAGAGUUUUAUGCAAAGACCAGACGACCCAACAGGUGUAUCAGCAGAGGGAGAGUUGGCUACGGCAAGCGAACCGACGCAUUGAAUAUUGUCGGUGCGAGAGCAGAGGCAUUUCCUGCCAUGCAGUACCUGUGGAAGGCUGUUUGAAGCCACGGUGUUUCAAUGGAGGCCGCUGCCAACAACCGUUAUACUCAUCUAACCUCUUCAUCUGUUUGUGCCCGCCGGGCUUUUCGGGGAAACACUGUGAGAUUGAUGCCAAAGCUACUUGCUACCAGGAUGCCGGAGAAACCUACCGUGGGACGUGGAGCAUCACUGAGACUGGAGCUGCCUGCUUAAACUGGAACAACAGUGCCUUGAUCAAUAAGCGGCACAACGCGCGCCGGCCAAAUGCCAUGAUGCUGGGGAUUGGCAAUCACAACUAUUGCCGGAACCCAGAUAAGGACCACAAGCCCUGGUGCCACAGCUUCAAAGGCGGAAAAUAUACCUGGGAACACUGCAGCAUCCCUUCUUGCUCUGACAAAAAGCACACGUGUUUUUCCGGGAGGGGCACAGACUAUAGAGGCAGCUACAGCCACACACGCUCCGGCGCCACUUGCCUGAGGUGGGACUCCCAGAUAAUUGCCAAGAAAGUCUACACUGCUUCAAAGGUUAAUGCGCAGCAGCUCGGCCUCGGGAGCCACAACUUCUGCCGGAAUCCUGACAACGACACCCAGCCAUGGUGCCACGUUCUCAAGGGCAGGCAGCUCAAGUGGGAAUACUGUGACAUACCGAUCUGUUCCUCCUGUGGAUUGAGGAGACAGCGAGUGGCCCAGUUCCGGAUCAAAGGAGGCCUCUUCUCGCACAUCGAGUCCCACCCGUGGCAAGCAGCCAUUUUCAUCAGGUCCCGACAAGCAGACGGCUUCAUCUGUGGAGGGAUCCUGAUCAGUUCUUGUUGGGUCCUCUCAGCCGCCCACUGCUUGGAGGAGAACACUGCCACCAGCCGCCUCAAAGUGGUGUUGGGAAGAACUUCCCGGGUGAAUCCUGAAAACACCGAACAGGUCUUCCAAGUGGAGAAAGUCGUCUUGCAUAAAGCAUUUGCUCCAUCAACGUUUGACAACGACAUUGCGCUGCUGAAGCUGAAAUCCGUGUCCGAAGAGUGUGCAGUAGAAACCGAAUCGGUUCGCCCCGCCUGCCUCCCCGAACCUGGGCUCAGGCUGCCUGAGUGGAGUGAAUGUGAAGUCUCCGGCUACGGCAAACAUGAGGAAUUUUCUCCUUUCUUCUCGGAGCGUCUGAAGGAAGGGCACGUGAGGCUGUAUCCAGACAGCCUCUGCAAACCCCAACAACUUCAUAACAGGACUGUCACUGAGAACAUGCUCUGUGCGGGAGACACCAGGCAACUGGAUGACGCCUGCAAGGGAGACUCUGGAGGCCCUCUGGUUUGCCUAAAAGAUGGCCGGAUGAUUCUCGUGGGGAUUGUCAGCUGGGGCGUGGGCUGCGGGAAGAAAGAUACCCCCGGCGUCUACACAAAUGUGGUUCGUUAUCUGGAUUGGAUUCAGGAGAACAUGAAGGCCUAAGCUUCGCCACCCUUCACUUGCUCCAGGAUCUCCUCGGCGGAAGGGACGCUUGCACAAGACGCUGAUCUCACGUGAAUCCCACUGAGGUAAUGGCAUUUGUGAGAGGGGAGAACACUUGGCGAAAGCUUGGAAACAUGUCUUUUCUAUGGACUACCAUUCCCAGAAUCACCCAAGUGGCAAUGCUGACUGAGGCAUGAUAGAAGUUGUAGGGGAGCCUGAAUGUCCUGGCCCAGCUGCACAGAGCCUCCCUCUUCCCUCCUAAAGCAAUUUUUUUUUCGUGUCAGGAGCAACUUGAGUCGCUUCUGGAGUGAGAGAAUUGGCCGUCUGCAAGGACGUUGCCCAGGGGACGGACGGAUUUUUUUUGGAUGUUUUUACCAUCCUUGUGGGAGGCUUCUCUCAUGUCCCCGCAUGGAGCUGGAGCUGAUAGAGGGAGCUCAUCCGCACUCUCCCCGGGUGGGAUUCGAACCUGGCAGCCUUCAGGUCAGCAACCCAACCUUCAAGUCACUUAGUCCACUACGCCAUCUGGGGGCUCCUCUUAAAGCAAUAAUCUGGACGGUUGGUUUAUUUGUGCACUACUCCGACGUCGGAUACAGCUGCACACAAUCCCUCCUCCACAAGAAAGUGUUUCGGAGAAGAUUCUGGAGCUGAAGGCGUUGCAAGUAUGUACCAAACGCAGUCUUGUGGACUUGCUGAGACUUACACAUAUAAGAUGGUCCUGUAAGUGCAUUUCUAGAAGCAUUUGGAAGCCAAACUUUUGGUCAGUCAUUUCAUAAAGAGGGCAGGUUAGCAUUCCGGACUUCGUGGCCUGCCCAGAAUGAAGAAACAAGGCCAGUAUAAAAUCCGAGGUACAAAAGAGAUCCACAGCUUGGAAAAGUUCUUUUUUUUUGAACCACAUCUCUUAAGUAUCCCCUCCCAGAAAACUUUCCAAGCUCUGAAGAGAUUUCUGGUGAUGUAAUUGCCAAAAACUUCUUUAUUAUUUAAUUAUUUUUUUUUAAAGUAAUGGGGACCACACUUCGACCCAAACAAGUCUCAUUUCAGCUAAGCUGCUUUUUUGGAUCAUUUUCACAUUUCCCUCUCCUUUGCAGAGAGAUUAUUUUUAUACUGUGUGGGUAUUUAACACAAGAAUGUUGACAUUUUUGGAUGUAUGCAUGAAUGAUGAUCUUCUGAUGCUUGAAAAGUCUGGUUUAAUGUUGUCCCUUGUGUGUAUAUUCAGUGCAUUAAAUUACAUUAAACUCCCACUUCCACAAA